GUGCCUCGUCUGGAAAAUGGAGAAGCGUUAUAUUUUCCUGACCUCAGCUAUUUCGUGCGAUUGGACAACACCAGUGAACUUUAUAUGUACGCAUACAGCAGCAAAGGGGAGUUUCCCUUGAAUGGAGAACGGAUGGAAUGUAUCAGACGAUUUAACACAUACACCCAGGAAAGUCCUUACAAUAGAGCCGAAUUCAAACUAGUUAGGGAGGGCGGUGAUGGCGUGCUAAUAUUCUGGAGCUCUUGCCCAAGUCAGUAUGUUUGGGUGCUAAGCUGCUACACCCCAGACAACGCCCGCUGCAACGUCUUAAAGGCUGACAUUGGACUAUUUGUACCUACCAUCCCCGACGACCUACCCUGGCCUCUGGUGCUCAACGAUCUUAAGGAAACGCAGGUGGAGAUGGGCAACAAUGCCUUCAAGUGGUUUUUUACCUUUGGAGAAACAUCUCGGUGUCUUGAGUGUUGAGAAUGGAGAAUCUACGUGAGCAGUUUCGUUAUGCAGUGUGUCACAACAAGAAUAAACUGAUUUAACUAAAAGGUUGUUACCUUUUU